CAUGUAAAGAAACACUAUUGACUCAACACUUUUACUCUUCUCACCCACCUCUUAUUUGACUAUAUAAGCCUAUAUAAAGUUGGCUUCAGCACAGAACGAAAAUGUAUUUAAGAGAAAACCAAAUUGUGAAAAACCAUCAUCAGCAUCCAGUUAUGUACCAAAACGUCAUCGUAAUGAGGCACAGUGAACGCCUCGAUAACGUUGAGCCAUUAUGGAUAUCCACAGCCACGCGACCGUGGGAUUCGCCACUGACUCAACCGGGUCGGGUUCUAGCAUUCAAAACGGGUCAAGGCAUCCGAAAGAACCUCGGAUUCCCGAUUCAUCGACUCUUUGUUUCCCCUUUUCUACGUUGCGUCCAAACUGCUGCAGAAAUCGUUAUCGCUCUCUCCACUGUUAACGAUGCUGGUGGAAGCGUUAAGGUCUCUUUUGAGAAUGGAUUAUGUCAAAUGCUAAAUAGAAUAAAUAUUCGCCGCAACAUUGCUCCUAAAGAUGGAAAUUUUAGUUUUGGUAUAUCACAGCUUGAAGCCAUGUUCCCAAAUGGAAGCGUGGAUAAUAACUACCAAAUGGUAUACAAAGAGUUACCUAAAUGGGAAGAAUCAGUUACGCAGGCAAAGGUUAGAUAUCAAGAAACAAUUACAAAUCUUGCAGAUAAAUAUCCUACUGAAAAUUUGUUGCUUGUUACACAUGGGGAAGGAACUCAAGUGGCUCUUUCUUCAUUUACAAAAGAUGUUGUGGAACAUAAAGUGAAAUAUUGUGGUUAUGUUCAACUUAGACGUCCUAUCUUCGUAAACAACCAUUCCUUUAUUGGUGGAAAGUUGAAUUUACAAACUCAUAUUGGUCAAAAUGGGGUAACUUAUAUAUCCUCUCAAGAUAUUUGAGCAAUGAUAUCAACCAAACUUCAAAACUCUUGAUGAUUUUGGACUAGAAAUGUUGUUGAGGUAGUUUUAUAUUUCAAUUUGUUGGUUCCAUCCCGUUGACUAGCAUGAUGUUGUGAUUUAGUACAAACACGAGUUAAAAUUUCUAUGCUAAAUUUUCUACUAUAUUAGAUGGGAAUUUUUUUCUCAAUAGAUAA